CGGCGCACCGGCGCACCCGAACGUAAACAGUACUUUUGGUUUUGCAAACUUCCAAGUUCGUAGAUAUCAAAAGGGAUCAUUGAGAUGAAGCGAUUUAAAGUCUCGAAGUUUAAGAAUGCAGCAACAAAACUUCCAAAGAAGGAGGAUUAUAUCAACAGUGGUUGUAUUUGUGAUGGAGGAGGAGUCAUUACGGCUGGUGCUGAGUUACUUGCAUUCGCAUCAGAUUCCAGAGCUGGAGUAGUAUCAAUUUAUCCAAUAAACCCAAGAACUCCGAGGCCAUUGCAACCUAACAUUCUUCCAGCUCAUUCAGAGGUGGUCACUGCUCUUUCCUUCUCACCAUUCUCUGACUGGCUUUUAGCAACUGGUUCUCAUGAUGGAUCUGUUAAGGUCUGGCAGUUGCCCGAGGAUGGGUCGACUGACACAGUGGUUCAGCCUGAGAUACACCUACCAAUGGAAGAGAAGUCGGUAACGAAUAUCAUAUUCCAUCCAGCAGCGGGCCAAGUACUAGCUACGUCAAUGAACAAUCAUGUCAAAGUCUGGGACAUCACGAAACAGGAGGCAACCUUUGACUUGAGUGGACAUGGUGACACGGUGCAGGACAUUGACUGGAGCGUGGACGGAGCCUACCUUGCCUCGACAUGUCGCGACAAGCAGCUGAGAGUGUGGGAUCCGAGAGCUAACGUAGUGACCCAUAGUAGCGAGGCACAUCGCAACCCUAAGGGCUCCAGCGUCUGCUGGCUGGCUGAUGACACAAGGCUACUGACGACUGGGUUUGAUGCUACACAUCAGAGUCAGGUUUACCUGUGGGAUCUGCGCAGAUUUGAUAGCAGUGUGACUUCCCUGAGCUUGGGCCGAACCGGGUUAAUGUUCCCAAUGUUUGAUGCAGAUACAAACAUGUUGUUCUUGGCUGGAAAGGGAGAGCCUUGUGUUGGAUUUUAUGAGGUGCAAGAUAAAGAGCCAUUCCUAACAGAAGCAUCUGCAUUCGCGUCAGACGUUCAGAUUGUGUCGAUCUGUAAGGUGCCAAAGCGAGGGCUCAAUGUCAUGCAGGGUGAAGUGAACAGAUUGCUGAUGCUCUCCCAGCGAGCUGUUGUCCCUGUGUCAUAUGUUGUCCCACGUAAGAGCUAUAGAGACUUUCAUGAAGACUUGUAUCCAAUGACAGCUUGGAGUGAUCCAGCCUUAACAGCUGAACAAUGGUUUGCUGGAGGAAAUGACAGGGUGAAGAAAUGUUCCCUCAAUCCAACGAAAAGACCAGCGAAGACCUACAAAGCUUCACCGUUCCACGAGGCAGGCGAGAUCGAGCCGGUCAUCGCAACUGAACACAGCAAGGCUGAGUCGUCGAGUGAAGACACGCCAACAGAGGUCAUGACAAAGGUCACAGAGGUCACAACAAAGGUCCCACCAGGUGGUGCAGGCAGCAUGGCUCAUGAGCACACUCCUCCCAACGACGAUACAGUCCAACAUCAGCCACAAGCAAUUAAACCUUCAGCAGGGACAGGAGAUGAUGCUGUAAUCACUGGGGCGGCACGACUAGGAGGGCAGGGUGACGUGCAUGCACGCGAUGAGCCACAGUCACAUCCAACAGCAGGAUGGGCAGGUGUGCGGGCUUCAAAGUUCAAGAACCUGCACGUGGUGGUGGCGCACAGGCGGGAGCAUGUAGAGAACCUGCGUGGUGUGGAUGGCACAGUGGGCGGUGAGAGCGCAGGCUUUGCUGCCAACACCAGCCGCGCGGCGGUGGCCCUGGCAGGACCAGGUGGUACCAUCGCCGUACUGGAGCUCAGUAGACCAGGUAGACUCCCUGACACAGGAGUACCCGUAGUAGAGAAUGGCUCGGCUGUAAUGGACUUGGCCUGGGAUCCAUUCAACAAUGCCAGACUAGCAGUUGCUUGCGAUGAUGCCAAAAUCAGGAUCUGGUCAUUACCCGAGGAAGGUCUGACUGAGAUGCUUACUGAACCAGAGUGCUAUUUAAAAGGUCAUACAGAAAAGAUCUAUCUGUUGGCAUGGCACACGACUGCAUCAGAUAUCUUGGCGUCAGCCUCCUAUGACAUGACCGUGAGAAUCUGGAAUGUAUGCACGAUGCAGGAGGUGAUCUCACUGGAUGGGCACACCGAUCAGGUGUACAGUUUUGCCUGGAGCCCUGAUGGGAAAUACAGUGCCACCUUGUGUAAGGAUCAGAAACUUAGAAUAUAUAAUCCUCGCUCAUCCACCGAGCCAAUACAGGAAAGCCUUGAUGAAGAAGGAAUUCGGAAAGGAAAAGUUAUUUGGGUAAUGGAUGGCUGGUAUCUAUUGGCUACUGGUUUUAGCAGGACCAGCGAGCGACAGGUGUAUAUAUACAGCGUGGAGGACAUCUCUGCCCCCCUGACAACUGUUGGGUUGGACUUCAGUCCCUCCAUACUGACUCCAUACUAUGAUGCAGACAGCGCCAGUGUAUUUCUCACUGGCAAGGGUGACACUACAAUCUUUGCAUAUGAGGUGGCAGCAGAUGCCCCCUAUCUGUUCCCACUGGCUGGCUAUACUGGCAGUACACUUCAUCAAGGACUUGCCUUUUUGCCAAAGACAGCCUGUGACGUGAUGAAGAUUGAGUUUGCUAGAGCGCUGAAGCUGACGCAAAACUCUAUAGAACCAAUGUUGUUUACAGUGCCCAGAACCCAGAUGCAGUAUUUUCAGGAUGAUCUAUUCCCAGAAACUAGGGUCUGGUGGGAGCCACUACAGACUGCAGAAGAAUGGCUGGGCAGGGGCAAGCAGAAGCCUCACCGUAAAAUCAACCUCCAGCCCCCUGGUAGCAAAGCUUUGUCUGAAGCGCCGAAGCCGUCCAUCGCAAGGAAGCCCAAGUAUGACAGCGGGCAGGAGCUUGCAAAGACGGCCGCAGAGAAGAAGGAGGAGCUCAUACAGGCUAUGCACGAGAAGCUGCAGUUCCAGGACGAUGUGCUGCCACAGGAUGAGUGCCAGGGAGCUGACUCUGACGAGUGGAGCGACUAAGGCGCCUGUCUAUACAGCUAUGCAGCCAAGCUAGCCUCCACACAGUCUAUUGCUGUGUAAUCUGAGAAUAGGCUGUGAUAGCAGAUUCGCUUAUGCUCAUUCCCCCAAGCCUUCAACUCUGAUGCUGCAUCUGGUAGCUGUUGAAUCAGUUCAGAUCCCCCAUCAUUUGUCGGUUAAAAACGAGGAUGAGCGGCAGUUUGGGCGUGGUAACUUUUCAGUUUUUUUUUAGAUUUCCUUUCCAAGCACGACUAUCAGCAUCUCAUUGGUUUUUAAAGUCCGGUGACUGCGCCCAGUAGUGUAAACAGUGUCGGAGGGUAGGUUCAGAUUGCCAAAACUUUGUCGGUUUUUAAAAUCUUUGGGAUUUCGACUAUGUGAAAAACUCCAGUGAUGUGCUUUUUAGAGGUGAAGCAAUUGCUGUGACAUAUCACCGACGCCAGGCGGCGUAUGUGUUAGUGCAUGACGUUUCAGCAUUACGGUCGCCAUGGCAACUCGGCUGUUAUGUGUACAUGUGACAUGAGGGAAUUUCUGUCAUGGAUGGUACCAUUGCAUUCCUAAUGCAGCAGGUUAAUGGUCAGCAUCAGUGCUGCUUGUGUUUGUAGAAUGAAAUUGAAUGAUGCAAAGCAAAAUGAAGGAAAGAUUGCCAAUAUACGUGGAACAAUGUCAUUAAUGACUUUGGCAUGACCUGCGCAACUACCCCAACGAGUUGGAAUAUUUUUACAUGUUAUGAUAUUUGUAAUAAUUAUAUUAUCUGAUCGCUUAUUGAAUGUUGUGCUAUGAUUCUAGAACAAAGGCCAUUUCUAGUAGGUUUCCUAUUAUUAUGAGUCAGCAAAAGCAGUAAUCUUUCAGUUUGUUGCAAAAUUACUAACUCAAAAUGAAGAGACUAGGGCACAUUCCAGAAAUGUUACAUGACUGUGUACUUUACAAAUAGUUAUGUUUAUCAUGUGCUAGUGCUGUUUGUCUACAAAUCAAAACAUUUUGGGUGUAAAAGCUCUGAACAUUAAAUCAUUACAUAAAAUUACGUGUUAAAUUCAUUUUGCAUUUGGAACGCAGGAGUUAAAACAAGGUAAACAGCUGACAUGGUUGGGUGAAAUAUAAAUAACUCUUAUUUUAUAAAUGUUUA